AUGGCGAUAACGCGGGGCAAAGUCCAAGACCGGGCAUACGCACCGAACAGUAUCAUUUUCGACAAAAGAUGCUCAUGGACCCAUCACAUCAUUUUUUUGAAAUCAGCCAUCACUCCACGUCUCAAUAUUAUAAAAAUGUUAUCCCAUACUUCAUGGGGUUCUAAAACUCAUGUAUUGUUAACAAUCUACAAAUCCCUCAUACUAUCCAAACUCGACAACGGAUCAUUCAUUUGGACAACAGCUAAUAAAUCGAUUACAAAAAAACUAGAUACAAUUCACAACUCCGGACUUCGUAUGGCUAUUGGUACCUAUCGCUCUAGCCCAAUACCGAGCAUCUACAACCUAGCAUGUACACCUCCUCUCGAUAUAAGAAGACUCAAAAUAACAUUAAAUCACGAAUUAAAGCUAGCUAACACUCUCCCUUCGCUCGACUUCAAUCCAAAAUUCAAAAUUUUAACAACACUACUCCAGGAGAACAAUCUAGUCAUCUCUGAUUUAUUAACUAUUUCACCUCCCUUAACACCCCAAUGGACAAAUCUCAAUGUAGCAAACACCGAACUCUCCAUAUUAAAAAAAAAAGACACUCCGCCUUCAAUCUAUAAACAAGAAUAUUUCCACAUAAUACAAAACAUAAAAUGCGAAAAAAUAUACACGGAUGCAUCCAAAAGCCAAAUCGGGGUCGGGGCUGCAGUUGUUUGGAAUAACAUGGAAUUCAUGUACAAACUCCCUAGCUCCUGCUCAAUCUUCACAGCUGAAGCAUUCGCAAUAAUCAAAGCCCUCGAUUUAAUAACCGAUCGCCAUCUCCAAGACACCAUCAUCUUUACUGACUCCCUCAGCGCCAUCAAUAACAUUAAUAAUACUAAUAACCCAUCAGACAUCGGCCUUUAUGUUCAAAACAAAAUAUACACUCUACAGAAAAUCAAUAACUUCAAAAUCAAACUUUUCUGGAUCCCUGGACACUCCAACAUCAUUGUAAACGAGCGCUCCGACCUAGCUGCCAAAACGGCAAUCACCUCUACACUAUCGUCUCCCACUAAUAUCAUCGCAUACAGGGACAUACAAGCACUGAUAACUAACAAAUGUCAUCUAAGAUGGCAUCAGAAAUGGUUAUCCUACUCCACUAAGCUAAAUCAAAUAAAACACAACACUGACAAUUGGACAUUUCCCAUCGAAACACUCAGAAAAUUCGAAGUCAUCAUAACGAGACUGAGAAUUGGCCAUUCGCAAAUAUCACACAGUUUUUUAAUGGCCAAGGAAGACCCUCCAACAUGCGCAACAUGCGGCGUCCAAAUUACAAUUAAACACAUACUCACCGAAUGCCGCACAUACCUCAACAUCCGAUCAAGCCUCAACAUGCCCGAACCCCUUUCCGAAAUACUUCAAAAUCAUCCCAAGGCCAUAACAGGAAUCAUCCAAUUCAUCACAGUAGCAAACCUUCAAUCCAAAAUCUAA